UCGGUGUUCAAAGGUGUUUUAAAAGACGGAAGCCAAGUGGCCGUGAAGAGGAUCGAAGGAGAAGAGAAAGGAGAAAGAGAGUUUAGGUCAGAGGUAGCCGCUAUAGCUUCCGUGCAGCACAAGAAUCUAGUUCGGCUUUACGGUUAUUCGUCUGUUAACCGUUACAGGUUCCUCGUCUACGAGUAUAUACCGAACUCGUCUCUCGACGUGUGGAUCUUCCCGGGCAGAGGAGGAAGCAGAAGACUCGGAGGAUGCUUGACUUGGGACCAAAGGUACCAAGUUGCGAUAGAUGUAGCGAAAGCCCUGUCUUAUCUUCACAAUGACUGUCGGUCCAAGAUCUUGCAUCUCGACGUUAAGCCGGAAAACAUUCUCCUCGACGAGGAUUAUAGAGCGGUGGUGACGGACUUCGGACUGUCCAAGCUGGUCGCUAGAGAUGAGAGCCGAGUUGUGACGGAGAUACGCGGCACGUGCGGGUAUCUAGCGCCGGAGUGGCUUCUGGAACACGGUAUCUCCGAGAAGUCUGAUGUUUAUAGUUACGGGAUCGUGUUGCUAGAGAUGAUCGGAGGGAGGAGAAGUAUAUCGAGGGUAGAGAACAAGAACAAGAAGAACGGGAAGAAGAAGAAGAAGUUGGAGUAUUUUCCGAGGAUUGUGAUGGAGAAGAUGAGAGAGAGGAGAGUGAUGGAGAUCGUGGAUCAACGGUUGAUAGAAGCCAAGGAGGUUAAUGAUGAAGGGCAAGUGAUGAAGUUGGUAUAUGUGGCGCUUUGGUGUAUACAGGAGAAGGCUAAGAAUAGGCCUGAUAUGGCUAUGGUGAUUGAGAUGCUUGAAGGGAGAGUUCAUGUGAAUGAGCCGCCUGAUUCCAAACUUGUUGUGGUCGAUCUUUUGGCGGCAGCUGGUGGUGAUGAUGAUGAUGAUGUUGAUGUAACUACAGGUGUGAGAAGGGUUGUGGAGAUACCAAGAUUGCAUAUUCAGAGGGAGAGGCAUUUUCGUUUUCCGUCUGUUUGCUCUAGUCUCGUAUCUCCAGUUUCUCCACGUUAGAGCUUUGGUUUGUU